AUGACGUUAGCAGAGAAAAAACAUCGGUGUCGUUGUACAAUAGAUACUCUCAAAAUACUCGAUACAGUUUGCAGUUUGUUGUGUUUUUCACCAACAAAAAUCGCGAAAGCAAAACAUGUCCAAUUAUUUGCAGGUAUCUUGAUAUGUUCUCUUCAAGUGACCGGUAUAGUGUUUGCUUACCAGUUCACUGUCAGCAAGGCGGACUUUCAAAGUCAGACAAUCCUUAACCUUCUAGACUUCUUGACUGUAACAUUGUCGACCUCAGCAAAUAUCGUAUCAGUUGUGCAGGCGUUGAUUGUCAAAAGAAAACAUCUGUACAAGUUAAAGCAAGAGAUUGUAUAUCUGCAGAAGUGCUACAUGUACAAAAAUAGCAAUGUCAAGUCGACUUUGCUACCAGUAGCGCUUUUUAUAUCAAUUUUAAUAUUUGACGCAUUAGCAAUAGCGGUACCAAUAGACAUAUGGAGACAUUGGAUGUUCUGGUACCUCAACAGUUUCAUGAGCACGAUCAACAUACUCCAGUCUAUCUCAUAUAUCGAAGCUCUGCACUACGCCUUCAAGAAGUUCAAUGGUGAUAUUUGGAAGAGUUGGAUGUCAUGUCAUCUAUACCAGAGAUCCAUAUCCCGCAAGGAUUUCAAAUACUUCAAGCGCCACCACGAAAGAAUUUGUGAUACAGUGAAGCUGGUCAAUAGUUGUUUUGGAGUGCAGAUCUUUUGCUUCAUCAUGCUGGUUGAGUGUGCACUGAUUCGAGUAGCAUACCUGCCGUUGAAAUUGUAUCUCCAGGCACUACACGGGUCUGCACUUAUUAAGAUUACACUGGCCGCCGUUGGGUAUUCCUUGAGCUUUCUAGUCUUUGCAUGGCAGCUGGCGCGAUACUCCAUCAGAACAACAGCAGAAGCAAGAAAGCUCUCCCAGAUCAGUCACAACAUCCACAUGAGGCUUCCUAGCCGCCCUCAAAGCCAUCAAGAGAAAGCUAUGAAAGAACAGAUAAUGCUCCUAGCUGAACGUACCAAUGAAAAAAGUGUUUGCUUUUCCACUAUCAUGUUUACUAUAGAUAAUUCUAUGCUGUUGAUGAUUUUCAACUCUGUAACUACAUACCUCAUAAUUUUAUUACAGUAUUGA